CAGGAACGCGGCGCUCUUCAGACGAGAGAAUCCGCCACAAGCCAUGGAGCUCUCUCUUAUAAGGGAGCUAUGUCUUCUCUGUCAAUUGAGUGUCGUUGAAGCUGUGUAGCAGUCCGUCAAGAGAGCUUUCUGAUUUCAAGAUUUCCUGGCAAUUAUGCAGGUCUUUUGCCUUGCAUCGUUGUUGACCCUAGCUGCAGCAGCUCCUGCAUCUCUCUCUGCGACCUAUGAUUAUGUAAUCGUUGGAGGUGGGACAGCUGGUCUCACAAUCGCCGUCCGACUUGCAGAGAAUCCCAGCCUCAAUAUUGCUAUUGUAGAAGCUGGAGACUUCUACGAGAACGUGAAUGGAAACAACAGUGCUGUUCCUGGCUACGAUGUCUUCGCCUCGGUGGCAGGCGUCACGGAUUGGGGUCUCAUCACCACUCCUCAACCCACGCUCAACAACCGUACCCUGGCCUAUGACUCAGCCAAAGUUGUAGGCGGAAGCUCCAUGACGAAUCUGAUGGCCUUCCACAGAUCCACUGUUGACGCUUUUGCACUGUGGGCUAAGACAGUCGGAGACGACAGCUACACAUGGGAUAAUAUUGAAGCUUACUACAAGAAACCGGCAAAAUAUGUUCCGCCAAACACGAAACUCAGAGCAGCAAAUGCAAGCGUGCCAACUGUGCCUCCAACGACUUACUCAGCGGAGGGAGGACCUCUAGAAGCCACUUUCCCCAACUUUGCAUAUGCUGGAGCUUCGUACCUUGGUCCUGCUUUUGAAGAGCUUGGUGUUGCUGAGCUCGAGAAUCUAUGGAGCGGCGAGCUAAUUGGAUGGCAAUACUCGCCGUUUGCUAUUAGUUCAGACCAGCAACGAUCAGGAGCAACUCAGUACCUCAAGUAUGCUACCGCACGUGGAUUCAAGAACCUCAAGCUAUACAAGACCACACUGGCAAAGAAGAUACUCUUCAAUGGCAACAAAACUGCCACUGGCGUGGUCGUGGAGGUCAAUGGGACAAGCUUCACUCUUGGAGCAAAGAGGGAAGUCAUUGUUUCUUCUGGAGUUUUCCGCUCUCCUCAACUCCUCUUGGUCUCAGGAAUUGGCCCAUCUGCUCUCUUGAAAGCCAACAAUAUCCCGGUGAUAGCUGACCGUCCAGGCGUUGGACAGAAUCUCCAAGACCACCCCUUCAUAAAUAUCGUCAACAAAGUCAGCAUCCCCACAGGCAGCCGACUCCUCGACCCUUCAAUCGCUCUCGCAGAAGAAACCGACUACAAAACGAACCGCACAGGAAUGUACACCAAUCCUAAUGCUGACAGCUUCGGAUGGGUAAAAUUACCUCCUUCAUACGUAGCCAACAUGUCUGCCGCCGCACAAGCCCACCUUGCCUCUUACCCUGCGGAUUGGCCAGACAUCGAGAUCGUGCUCGUCGAAGCUGCAUUUGCUGCUGGUGCCGACUACCUCAUGGCUUCGUGCCAAGUACAAUCUUUUAUCUCUACUGGAACGGUAACAAUCAACUCCUCUGAUACAAGCAACCCACCCAUCCUCAACACAAACACAAUCGGCAACCCGAUCGACCACGACAUCGCCCUCGGCUCCCUAAAAUACAUGCGCGCUUUCUUCUCCACCGCAUCCUUCAACCGCAUCAACAUCGAGGACGUGGUGCCCGGCGCGGCCGUGCAGACCGAUGAGGAGAUGUUGGAGUGGCUAUACGCUAAUAUCGGGACUGGUUUCCAUGGGACUUCUACCUGCUCAAUGGGCAAAUCCACAGACCCAAAGGCAGUAGUCGACUCCCACGGCAGCGUCAUAGGCGUCAACCGCCUGCGAGUCAUGGACGCGAGCGCAUUCCCAUUUGUCCCGCCCGGUCAUCCGACUGCGCUUGUUUAUGCAUUGGCGGAGAAAAUCGCAGACGAUAUCAAAGCGGGCUUGUAAAUCGACGGUGGUAAUGGUGUCGGGGAUGUUGAGAAGUGGGGGUGGUCUUGGCAUUUUAGUACACCCAGUUUAGUGUAUUUUUUAGAGGAAAUAGAUUUGCAUUCAUUAAUUUGAGUGUUAAGUUCUUUUUGCUUUUUCUAGUGCGUG